CUCUCCUCAGACUGUUGUUCAGGUCUACAGAGACUCAGACAGGUUCAGGUCUACAGAGACUCAGACAGGUUCAGGUCUACAGAGAGACUCAGACAGGUUCAGGUCUACAGAGAGACCCAGACAGGUUCAGGUCUACAGAGACUCAGACAGGUUCAGGUCUACAGAGAGACCCAGACAGGUUCAGGUCUACAGAGACUCAGACAGGUUCAGGUCUACAGAGACUAAGACAGGUUCAGGUCUACAGAGACUCACACAGGUUCAGGCCUACAGAGACUCAGACAGGUUCAGGUCUGCAGAGACUCAGACAGGUUCAGGUCUACAGAGAGACCCAGACAGGUUCAGGUCUACAGAGAGACCCAGACAGGUUCAGGUCUACAGAGACUCAGACAGGUUCAGGUCUACAGAGAGACUCAGACAGGUUCAGGUCUACAAAGAGAUGAAGAUGAUGAUGGUCCUCGUCCUCUCCGGUCUCUUCUGUGUCUCAGCUGCCGUUCUACAUGAGGACCUUUAUAUCUCCGGCUGUUCAGACUCUGAUGGAGAGAACAUGUAUGGUCUGGAAGGAGAAGAGCUCUGGUACGCAGACUUCAUCCACCAGAGAGGAGUGGAGCCUCAGCCCAGCUUCAUAGAUCAUCUCACCUACCAAGGAGCUUAUGAACAAGCUGUGGAUCAACAGAUCUGCAGAGCCAACCUGAAGAAUGUCCGUAAAGGCAUGAAGGACCUCCCUGUGGAGCACGAUCCUCCUUCCAGUCCCAUGGUCUACACCAAAGAGGACCUGGUCCUGGGAGUGAAGAACGACCUCAUCUGCUACGUGACUGGUUUCUAUCCGGCUCCGGUGGUCUUCUCCUGGACCCGGAACGGGGACAACGUCACCACGGCAACCAGCACCAACGUCCCCUACCCCAACAAAGACGGCUCCUUCAACCAGUUCUCCAGACUGGAGUUCACCCCCCAGCCGGGAGACCUCUACAGCUGUACAGUCCACCAUGUGGCCCUGGACCGGCCCCUGACCAGGAUCUGGGAUGUGGAGAAGACGGGGCCCGGUGUUGGACCUGCGGUCUUCUGUGGACUGGGUCUGACGGUGGGUCUGCUGGGCGUGGCUGCUGGAACCUUCUUCCUCAUCAAAGGAAACGAGUGCAGCUGAUUGGCCGGCUGGUGAUGAUGUCAU